CCACUUUUUGCCUUUCAGCAUUCAGCAUUUCAGCCUUUUAGUUUUUACUAAACAUUUUAAUAAGAUUAUUUUUUUCAUACUUAUUAGGUACUUACCUAUUUAAUAACAUAUAUAUUAGAUUAAAUACUUAAAUAUCAAUAUAAGUAAGAAUAUUUAAUUGUUCACUGUAUAUGUUACAGUUAUAAUAUUUUAGUCAAAUGCUAACUACAGAUGGAUACAAAUAUUGGGGUCCUCGAGAAUGCUGUCAUACAGGUGGUGGUCGAGAGUGUUACGCCAGAUAUGAUUGUAGUGUCAUAUACUGCCAUAAAUGGGUCUGUUUACCAAGGCAUACUGUUGAACAAUGUCAAAAGACGUUUUCCAUGUGGAAGUGUUCCUAUGACAAAACCUCCACUAUCGCCCAGAAAUUUAAAGACUGAAUCUGAUAAUGACAUUUUAUAUUCUGUAAGUCAACGUUUUACCUAUUUCCAAAAUACCCCAAACACAUUAAAAAAAAUUCCCAGUAAAACUAAAAAAGUGAGAAAACCCAUGACUGUUCGUCUAAGACCUCGUCAAGUUCUAUGUUCAAAAUGUAAAUCAAAUUGUACUGAAAAUUCAGACAAUGUUGAUACCUCUAAAGAUCUUGUUAAAAAUGAAAGUAACACAAUUCCUGAAAAGAGAUUAUUACGAAGUCAUGGACCUGUUCCAGAGUUUCCUAUAAAACCAUCAGAUUCUGUAUCUCAAGUUAAAUCUAUGUGCCGUACCCUGAUACCUAAACUUGUAAAAAUUAAAUCAAGAGAAAUAACAGAGGCACUUAAUAAUUAUUCAACAUUCACUGAACUAGAUGAAUGGGUAGGUAACAAAAAAGACUGUGAAGAUGACUGUGAUAUUGAAGAAAAAAUGGUGUUAAGAAAAAAACCUAGCAUUGGAUCAAUGGAAGAUCUAUGGGAUGAAACAGCAUUUGAAGAAACUAAAAAAACACCAAUCAUAAAAAUAACAUUUGGAUCUCAAGGUGAAGGUACAGUUAUGGAAAUACCAUCUCGUCAAGCUGAUGGAGAUAGCGAACCAGAUAAACUCUUGCGUAAAAGAGCAAAACGUAGAAGACAAGAUGGAGAAAAAAGAAAAAAACAUAAGAAAAGACAUAAAGAACAUGAGGAUGAUUUAGAAAUGAAUAAUUUCUCAAUACAUUUAAAUAAUUUUAAUUCUAAAGAGGAAUAUUGUGCAAGAAAAGAAACUAAUAGUUCUGAAUCAAUUAAUAAUGUAAAUGGUCAACACUCUGAUGAUGACAUUGAAUUAAAUAGUUCACCUGAACUUGUAAUGCCUCAGAUAGAAACAUCAGACUCUAAUUCCUUUUUUGUAUUGAAAUCGGGUAAAAUUCUACACGAAGGCGAUGUUGUUUGGGGAAAAGUAAAAGGAUUUCCUUGGUGGCCAGCAAAGGUAUCAAAUUUUACUACAAGUAAUGGUGAAGAAAAUGGGUCAUUUGUUAAUGUCACUUGGUUUGGUUCUUCUACUACAUCUUUUCUUAAUUGCGAUCAGAUUAAUCCAUUUUUAGAUUUUUACAAGUCUCGAUUUAACAAACACAAGAAAACAAGUAGUUAUAAAGAAGCUAUCAAACAAGCAAUGGCUGUAGCGAAACAACAGCAAAAUAUAACCAACCAAAAUAUCAGUUGAUAACUGUGAGUUAAUAAUUAUUAUUUUAUUAUCAUAUCAAAUGUUAUUUACCCUAAAAUUGCUAAUUCAAAUUAUUUUUGUCUUAACACUUCAUUUUAUUUUUAACUAGUCAAAUUUUUGUACAUGUUUUGCAUCACAAAAAAGGUUUAAGAGCUCUUAGUAAACAUUGCUUAUAUCUCGUGUUAGAUAAUAUAUGAAAGACUUAAACGAUAAAUGUUGUUUUAUAUAUUAAAAGUUCCUUAUUGGAUAUAAUAUCUAUUUGAAUUUAUUCAGAACAUUUUAUCAAUUUUUAAUUUAGUUAUAUUUUUACAAUUAUAAUAAUUCCUUAAAAUAUUUUCUAAUAUAAAAUAGUUUUUUUUUUGGUUAUUAAAUGUGUUUGUAAUGUUUUUGUUAUUUUAAUCAUGAGUAAAAAAAAUAUUUAUUGUGGAGGACCAAUACUUGUUUGUAUUUAUGCAUAUUUUUUAGGCUAUUUAACUAAUAUUAAUAUCUUACAGAAAUUGUAUUUUAAUUAACAUCAAAAUUAUGAAGGAAAUAACCUUAUUCAUAACUCUGUCACAUAUAAGAAUUGUUUUUGUAUUGUUCAACACUGAACUUUUGGUGGUUAGUAUAUGUUAAUCAGUAAAAAUGGUGACGUCUAAAAAAAGGAUAAUUAAAAAAUUCAUUUUUAUAAGAGACAGGGACAAAAUAUAGACAUUAAAUAAUAUUAUUGAACAUAUUAUAAACUCCCAUCAAAUACAAUGCAAUUUUUAAAUCAUAACUAUUUGUACACAUUUUAACUCAUUAUUUUAUUUAAUAAAUAAUUAAUGGUUGUUUACAAUUUAAUAUUAAAAUAAGUUUAAAAAAAUAAAAAUAUAUUUGUAUAUUUUUAAAUAUUUAAUUAAAAUAGUUUAAUAUAUAUUUUCUUGAGUUCUAACAUGGAUAUAACCUACAGGAUACAACUCACAAAUCUAUUAAUUAAGUGAAUAUAUAGCUGUGUGAGAUAAUAUUAACCUAUAAAUUAAUUAAAAAUACUGUGAUUAUUGUGCUUGAGUGAUAACUAAAACCAGUUAAAAGUUGCUUAUAAUACAAUUUAAUUAAUAUAAUAUGGUCCAUUAUUUUGAACAUAAAUAAAUUGUUCAAAAAUAAGUUAUUUCCCAGUUUCCACAUUUUAAACUUAAAUUUAUUUAUGACUAUAAGAAUUACUGAGUACCUACAAGAAUUACUUCUUAGUUAAAAUCUAUAUUUAUAAUUUUACUUUAUAAAAAAUCGUUGAGUGUAAAUAAAAAUUGUAUCUAUUUAAUUAAUUUACCCUUAUUAACUAAAUUAAAUAUGUAAUCUGAAUUAAUAAAUAUCAAAUUAUUACAUAAAUCUAAGAAGUAUAAAAUAACAUAUUUUGAAUACUUAUAAUGUGUGCAUAAUAAAUAUAUGAGUAUAUAUAUGUCUUAUCAACCUUUACUUACAUAGUAAUAAUUUAUAAACGAUAAAACAUUAAAAAAUUAUACUCAUUAAAGGUGAUAAUAUAAAGUAAACAGUGCCGAAUUUUUUUUAAAUAUUUAUAAUUUAAU